AUGGUUUAUGAUUGGGAUGAUAAGGAGGAGUUAUGCUAUCGCAUGUAUAUUGAUGAGAAAAAGUCAUUGGAAGAAAUUAUGGAAUUUAUGAAAGAAACUAUGUCUUUUAAUCCAUCCAAACGUGCAUUCCAAACCCAAUUCAAAAAAUGGGAAUUCCCCUCGAAGCAGAACCCUGCACAUAGGAAUGAGCCACUCGUCCAGCGCGUCAAGGAACUAUGGGAUAUCAACACUUCACAGCGAGAAAUGCUUCGCAUUCUCAACGAGGAGGGAUUCGAGAUCAAGGAGCGUGAACUCAUGCGCGUCAGAGCGAAGAAUCGCUGGCUGUUGCGAGUACCUAAUGGGAACAAAUCAAAAAAGUUGAUGGAUCAAGAUGUAGAAAAUCAAUUACAACAGGCAUUUUACAACAAUGGACAAUUACUAGAAGGAGAACAACAGAUGGAAGGACAAAUGGAAGAUCUACCACCAACUUCAUCCACUCCCAAGAACAACAACUCUAGAGCUGAAUCCCCACCACUUAGUCCAGAGGUUAUGGCAAAAAGACAAGAACGUUACGCCAAGUUACAAGCCGAAUCUGCAGAACGAUGGGCCGCUCGCAAACGUCGUCGUCGCACCCGUGGCUGGGCUGGUCUCCCGGCGGAUCCUCCAGGACCCCCUCGAUUUCCUUCCGAAACAACCAUCGAUGAGAGCAAGUCUUUCUUGAGUCUUGAUAAUCGUCUAUAUCGUGAUAUAAGGGAAAGAUUCCAACGCAUAUGCGAAGAAGCAGGUAUCAUUAAGAAAACCAUUGCUGGACCAGAGCGUUGGGAAGCUGCCAAGGAUAGACUCAUACAAGAGAGUGAACAUCUACAAUCGGUUUUCUGGAAUAACGAUGAAAAUCUGGACCCAAAGAAACUGGCUCUCGACGUUGUUUGUGGGGACGUGACAAAGCGAAUGCGAACCUUGCAGCGUCGUAUGACUAUCGCUGAAGCCAAGAAUGCUCUAGGAGCGAUGGAAGUUCUAUGUCGGGACGUCAUGAAGCGUCUUCGUGACGAUCAGACUAAACGUGAUCCAACAAGGAGAAAGAAGUUUGAUAGUACUUUCCAACCUGGUCAAAAUAUGGAACAAUUCCACCACAGUCAAGAGGGAGCACCAAAUUUCCAACCAGAUCCGCAAGAAGCACUUAUCCAAACUGCAGCUCAUGCUCAUGCUCACUCGCAGAACCAAGCUCAGUCUCACAUGCAAGCGCAAGAAUCUCAUAUGCAAGCACAAGCUCGUCAGGCUCAAGCCCAGGCUCAAGCCCACGCGCAUGCGCAAUCCCAAGCUCAAGCUCAAGCACAGGUCCAACCACAACCCCAGGCUCACACGCCCGUUAUGGUUAAUCACGGUGAUAUUCAGAAUCAUGGUGAUAUGCAGAUUGAUCCAUCCCUACUUCUUGCCGCUGCUAAUGAUCCUGGUUUGAUGAAUCGUAGUAUGCAAAACCAAUUUGCGCAUCCCCAAUAUACGGAUCAACAAUAUGUUGACCAAGCUGCCCAAGCAUUUCCAUCAGCGGCUCCGUCAUCUAUGAUUGCUUACUUUCGGCUACAUCCAGCUUCAGAUGUUACUGCCCCGUCUAGGUUAUGGAUGGAUACAUUGAAUGGAACCUCUCUUGAGGAGCUACGCCGCCUGGCUGCAUCCAAAUUUCCUGGGGCAAUUACUGGUCGUGUUGAGGGCAUCAUGUUGGGGCCUUCUGACCAAGAUUUGACAAUACCUAUUGACAACGACAGUGAACUGGAUGCCUAUUUGGGAGCUAUUGGUGGUGUCAAGCCAUCAUUUUCUGUUCAGUUAUUUAGUGCAUGGAAGAAUGCCUAG